CCAACAGGGAAGAGACAAGAGUAAAACAACAUCCGGCCUCCAUGUGGUGGAGGGAAAUUUCACUUUCACUGUGGAAAUCGCCCAUAGCAGAUUGAACGGAUGGCAUCAUGCGAGAAGCCGGAGCCUUUCUCGAAGACCCUGGUCCAGUUCUGGAUGGCCAAAGUGUCUGAAUGGAGUGAGGCAACAUCACCCUCGGCCCAGCUAGACGCCUGUCGACACCAGGAGAAGCUGAGGGGCUUCCUGCAGGAGGUCCUGGGAGCGCUGCGGUUGGCGAGAUGUGCAUCGGAGGCGCUGGAGAACCUGCCCUUUGUUGGCCAGUUACUGGGGAGGCUCUGUUCGGUCCCAUGUGUUACGGCGGAUGAGGAAAGCAGCAGCCUUCUCUUGCAGUGCCUGUGGACUCUGUUUAGCCCAACCCCACGGAGCGCCAUUGAGCUCAAGGCUAACGACUGGAUACGGAAAACAAUGUGCCAUUUAGUUGCAGCGGACGAAGAGGGGUGGUCUGUUAUGAAACAUGUAGGACUACCUUCAAAAGAGUACAAUGUGAGCACUCUCAAAAAGAUGAUGUGCCUUCUGACUGAGGCUGUCAACGGAGGCUGCAGCAGUUUCAGGAGUCCAACAGAGAGGUGCCUCUGUGAUGGCCUUCACAGUCUGUCGCUGACCUGUGUGCCUCUGGUCACACGCCCUGAAGCGGCUCCGCUGAUUGGUGCUCUCCUGCGGAGGUCUGUGACAUGUGCACACACCCAGCUAAGCGAAGAGUUUGUGGAGGCAGUUUGCUCCGGCUUUCUUGAUAAGAAGCUGCACCUUGAUGUCCAGACAGUGGUGGCCCUCUGGUGUCACAACCUGUCCAGCCUGGAGAGGGCGGUGUUGAGGCUUGUGUCUUCUGUUCUCUCAGGCCCAAGAAUAGACCUGCAGACUCUAGACAAGCAGGUGAACGCUUCACUCCUGCCUCAGGCCUGCGCGCAGCGUUGUUCAGUGUUUCUAGUCGUGAACGAAAUCUUCAGGUGCACGUUGCUGGAGAUGGAGGAGAGCUCUGUCCUCCGCCUGCUGAUCCAGUCGUUCACACGCUGCUUCCUCAGAGCGCUGGCAGCCCAGGACCCAGAGGACAGAUUGGCUCUGAAGAGCUUCUUCCCUCUGGUGCCUGUAAGCCUACAAAUGCCCAUGCUCACCCUACCGUCAGAGGUUCCUCAGGACGUGUGGCUUGAGCACCUGAUGGGCAUCAGCGCCCAGCUCCAGCUUGCCAGCGCAGAGGCAGAGGAGCGAGGCGACAACACAAGUGGCUCUGUGUUUGAGGUGUGGUUCCUGCUGCUCCAGGGCGGAGGCUGGGUGGAUGUGGCGGCUCAGUUGCUGGCCUCUGCUCAGACCCACGCCGCCUCCUCUUCCUCCUCCUCUUCCUCUGAGUCCAAGAGCCGGGCCCUGCUUUGGCUCCUUACGUUCUUCUACCACCCCACCAACAGAGGGCACCAGAGGAUACAACAGUGGGAGUGUGUGCAGCAGGUCUGGGGUGACCUGAGAGGUGUGUGUCUGAGUCCAACGCCUCCUCCUCCUCGUGCGCUGGACACCGUGGCCGAGUCUCUCCUCUCCCUCGUCUCCUCCAGGCUGGCCCUGCGUCUCCUCCUCAGCCUCGCCGUCUUCUCACCGGUGCCGGGCGAUGCCAUCGCCUUGCAGCUCAUUCGAAAGAUGUCUGAGAAGAAGAGGGAGGAGGACGAAAAGGAGGAGGAGGAGGAGGCGGUGAGUCUGAGACGGGAGGCAGAGUGUCUCCUGGCUGCCGCUGCGGAGCACAGACUAAAUAGCGACACCUUGGCGAGUGCCAGGGUUCAGGCGAGGUUGAGGACACUCGAGGACACCCUCUGGAAUGCAUUGUGUGUGUGA